AUGUCGAACCAUGUGGCUAGCACGCGGCCACUCCUGAAGUCUGGCGAGUCGAGCAACGAGAUCAUAUUCUCGAUCAGAAAUGAUACACGAAGUUCCGAAGGCAGUGUCAGCGAGGUCACGGACAGUGGAGCGCCCGGAGGAGCUGACGAAGCGACUCCUGAAGAGGACGACGACGAGGAUGAGGUUGGAGGCGGGGAGCUUCGGUGGAAACGGAGUCGCUGCGUCAAAAUUGAGAAGCGAGCUGAAGGUUUCGGCUUCACAUUGAGGAACGUCGUCAUUUACCCAUCCGACAUCCACAAGAUCGCUAAUGCGCUGGGCAAACGGCCGAGAGAUGUUGAACCCUCAUGGAUAGAAGGGAAACCUCUGGACGCCGUUUUGGUUCGGGAAGUGCGUGAGUCGGGUGCCGCUCAAAGCGCGGGGCUCCGUCCCGGUGACCGUAUUGUAGCCCACGAGGGACGUCCGAUCGACAGCUAUUCAAAAUUCGUCGCGCGAAUCCACCUAUGUUCGACUAUCCUUGAGGUGACGGUGAUUUCAGGGGCAGACGAUCCUCUUAGUUGUGGCCUUUGGGCCUCGGGGCUCGGAUCGGGUCUGUCUCGGUCGGUGAACGCGACUGGCGUGGGAGGUCCACGUCCGAACCAACGUUCCCACUGGCUAAGCAGCUCCCUUGCGCCCCGGCCUUACCUCAGUACCUACCAGAGAGGAAAUUCCACUCAGCCGAGGUCUUUGCCAAAUCACGGCCGCAUCCACAGCUCACCCAUCAACCAAAGUACCGUAUCCCUCACGGAGAGCACGACCGGAGGCAGUGUCUCUGGGGCAGAGAGUGAGAUGUCAUUGAGUAUGCCCAGUAUACCGAUACCGCCUUCGUGCUCCGUACCUUCCCGGCUGGAUUCAACGCUUAAGCCACAACGUAAGAAGCGGCGUGACAAGAACAAAAGCAAGCACACCAAAAAAGACUCCAAACGGAUCUCUGGGCAAAAAGACGAGGAGAGUCGAUCUUCGUCGCUCAGCUCGCUUGGCCCCCCGUCACCCGCCGGUACAACUUCCGUAGCCGCGAAACUUCAGCUAUUCGAGGGCGGCCAAGGGUUUCUGGCGAGAUCGAUGGAGAAGCUCAAGCUUUACCGCAGCGAACUUACGCGGAUGGCCUCACCGCCGCCAAACACGGUGCAAGUACGCACGGCUCAGUUCGAGAAAGUCGGCGUCGGAAUCGCUGCCGAUAGGAAAGGAACCACUUCGCCUCCGCCUGGUGCAACUCUGAAGAAACUCAAGACUCUCUUCACAGAAAAAUCGGUCGGCGGAGGCUGUGCAGUCAAGGUGCUCCGAUGUCCAGAAGGUGGCAAGAAACUUGAUCACAGUUGGAGACCGGCCGAAGUUUUGACCGAAACGGUCGAGGGUCGACUGAUGCUCAAGAUUGUCACAGACAAAGAUUCCAUUAAUGUGAUUCUGAACAGACUGUUAGCCGACCAGGCCGGAUCGAAUCUCAGCGUGGACUUCGCGACUCUAGACUAUGUUAAAAGACGGAAAAACGUCCUCCGGCUAAGCUCUGCUUCGGCUUCUCUUGCGUCUGUGGUGCGCGACUGCGCCUUGUGUCCCGAGAAGGACUCUUAUACCGACUUCGAGUUUUUAAUCCAAUGUGAUACUCCGGUCACUAUGCAUAACAUAUGCAGUGUGAUAAAUGCGGGUUGUUCCGAAUCGGUGAAAAUCGCGCCAUCUGUGAUAGAAAGGGCUGCUGCGUUCGAUCGCAGAUUCUUCAAAAAUCAUCGGAAUCAUCCGGGAUACAAAUCAAUCAGUUCGGGAGCAUCGGUCCAGAGGUCGAAAUCUCGGCGAGCAUCGGUCGGCGACGAGCCAAGUCUGGUGCUGAGUAGAGCUCCCGGAUCUAAGGAGAAAGGUCUCUCGAUCGGUGUUCCCUUGGCAAAUUGCCGGAUGUCAACAGAGGAUUCGGCGGUGCCCUGGAUCGUCGUCCAUUGCUGCAAAAUCAUCGAAAGCAAAGGUCUGGACGUGACGGGGAUUUAUAGAGUGCCUGGAAACUCAGCCGCGGUGCAACAUCUAACGCAAGUGGUGAAUUUGGCGAACGGCAAGAACAUGAACCUCAACGACUCGAAGUGGGCCGACGUAAACGUUGUGACAUCUCUACUCAAGUCGUUCUUCCGGCUCCUGCCCGAACCGCUGUUGACUUCUACUCUGUACAACCAUUUCAUCGCCAUUGACAAGAUACCUGAUUGCCGCAACCGCCUCGGCGGGAUUCAAGCUUUAAUUCAGAAGCUGCCACCGAGUCAUUUUGAGACACUGAGGUACUUCUGUAUGCAUCUCCAACGGGUGGCGGCUCGUUCCGAAACCAAUAAAAUGGAUUCUCGGAACUUGAGCAUUGUGUUGGGACCUACGCUGGUCCGCGAUUCGAUCUCCGGUGGUCAGUGCUCGAUGUUGUCCAUGAUUUCGGAUAUGCAGCACCAGUGUCAUAUCACCGAAACGCUGAUUAACUACGCCGACUACCUGUUUUACAGUCCUCGCUGUGGGGAACCGUCCUCGGUGCUGGCCUCGCUCAUCGAUCUGGAUCCCUUGCCGUCAUCGUCGUCGUCCGAAUCCCUGGUUUCGAAGGGGGACAAAUUGGGCCCUUUUUCCCGCGCCUUAUCGUCGAAAUUAUCGCUUCUGCCCGGGACGCCGACUCCGAUUCUAUCUGUCAAGCAGAAAAUCAUGUCCUUCGAAUGCGGGAAAUGCCCUGUGUUGGAGGAGACCGGGCUGAGUUGCAGUUUCCCACCGUCCCCGAGCAAAACCUCAUCAGCGUUUCCAGAUGACUCGUUCUCUUCCUUAACGAGCAGCGUGGACGACCCCAUGUCGAUGUCGUAUCACGAGCGACGGGUUCUGGCGAAGGAGAAAGCCAAAGUGUUCGAAGAGGAAACACGCGCGGUUCUAGAGAAGAAAGCUUUCCGGAGUCGUGAUCAGAAAAUGAGUCGUGAACAGACCGAGCGGCGUUGGCAAGAAGUCAAGCGCCAGGCAACUCUGCUAACCAGAGAUAACAGUGAUGAUGAUAACAUAGACAAAGAAAACCAGUCUAGUCAGAAUGUCGAGAGCUGCUUGUCACCGCUGAACGCGGCUCCAGCAAGUGGGGUAGACGAACGAGAUUCAUUGCGUAGUGCAGUUCCUCCUCGCAAUGUAGAACAGAAGGAGGAGGAGAAGGUCAUGCUACGCACCCGGAGCGGCAAGAAUCUACAUCGAGGAAACCGCUACGGGGUUGUAUACAGUCCGAACUCUUCAAAGAUACUCAAAUCGAUUGUCCAAUCUGAAGAACGUAGCCGUGAGGGCAGUCAACGCAAGAAAUCUCGUCUGGAACGUCGUCAUACGAUCGCGGGAAGCCAUUCGAACAGCCAUCAACAGCCCGCCGACAAAAGUCUGAGCAGGACUCCAAGUGAACGAAAACCGAAAAUGCACCGAAGCACCACGUAA